GUGACCAGUCAAGUCACUGUCUUCUCAGUGUCGACCAGGUGGGUUGCAGCACAUCGCACCAAUACAGCGGAGCGGUGUUGUUGUUGUGGUGGUGAGAUGGGCCGACCAUGUUGAAGCGCAAGCUGUCACAGCCCGACAGCGAGGACCACGACGACAACGACGGUGACGGGACGCCAACCCUCUUCCGCAGCGAUGCCAUCGAGGACCGCCAGAGCACCUUCAUCGCCGUCUACUCGCCCUCUCUCCAGCCCAAAGAGCUGCAGGCGCUCGCUGAGUUCCAGACCGCCGACCACAAGAUCUUAGGCUGGCGGCGAGAGUCCAAUCAACAGAGCAUCGGCAAGUCCAAGCUGUAUGUGACAGGAUCCGACGAUGAUGGAGAGAAAUAUGCCGGCAAGAAGGUCGAGAAGGUCCUGGAAGCCUGUCAGGCCACAGGCGCUGUAGUUGUGGCGAGAUGGUGGGGCGGCGUCAUGCUGGGUCCCGUCCGCUUCAGUCACAUUGAGCAGGCCGCGCGCGCAAGCAUACGCGCCUGGGAAACACACCAAGCGGAAGCCCGCACCAAGAGAAGAAGACUGGCAGACGAGAAAGAAGAACAGGAGAGGCUAGCCAAGUCGCUCGGCGCGAGAGAUGAGAGCAUUGCGGUGUUGAGAACACUGGCCACCGAUAAGGAGCAGCAGCUGAAGGCCGCUCGAGAUGGUGGUAUAUCAGUCACCAGUACCGAUGAGAUCCUGCAAGCGCCCGGUGUCCCUGCUCCGACCACCCAAGUCCCGAUCGAGUACACGACGCUUCCAGUCGAACGCCUACGAGCACUGGACAAAGCUCGAGAUGCGACGUUAUCGUUUCUGCUCAAGCGUAUUGACAAGGCAGAGGCUGAGUUCAAGAAGCUGAAAUCCGAAGUGGCAGACAAGACACUACAGUAAGGAAGGGCUCAGUGCAUUAACAUAUUACAAUGCCAGGACCUAUCUAUUCUGCUUCUUCCAAACCAGUGGCGUCCAAAUAUGGAUCUUUGGGCGGUGCUCCACGGUUUGUCCUUGGAGCCUGUUCCUCCGGAUCUGUGUUUGACUGAUUCUCCAAGUCUGUGUUUGACUGUUUAUCCAGAUCUCCUCCGCUGCCCGGAUAAUCUCCGGGCUUCUCCUCAUCCGAGCUGCUGUGCCCGGAACGAGAGGUUGGGAGCUCUAUUCUUCCUUGCUCCUGAUCCAUCUCUGUCGUAGGUUUCUGAGGAAUCGCUGAUUCUGUUGGUGCAAAUUUACUUCGCGAACGAAUCUUCGCGCCGUAACGAUAAAAUAUGAAAGGAAUAGGGGCCAGCAAAACUGCAACCCCUCCUAUCAGACUGCCAGCGCCACCGACGCCCAUAGCGUCGAACAUCUGUUCUGUAAAUAGUGGGGACACAGCUCCAAGCGCAGAACGGCAGACCUGGAUGGGCGUGUUAAUAGCUGAAACCAUCAAGUCGUCGUCCUCAGAUAGCGACUCACUGUGUUUGCGGCAAUAGCGCUUGCAGCGUACAUCAUGUACGUAUCGGCCAGAUACGAUAGGUAGGACACGAAGACGAGUACAAUGGACGUUGAUAGGAACGUUCCAGCCUGGAAUCAAAGUACAUGUCAGCACGUUGCACAUU